AUGCCAGUAUUCUCUAACCCCGUAAUUGCUUCAACAACGAGCCCCAUCAACGGUAACAUUAACGGUUUGCCGGACAAAUGUAUGUGCGUCGAUGGUGUUUGUCUCGAUCCAUCUCAUAAGCACUAUGCUGAACAGCAAAAAAAAUAUCAAGAACAUUUUAAGCAACAGCAACUAUUGCAAAAGAGAAAACGUCGUCUUUCUCUCUCAACAGAGAUCUCGACUGUUAGGUUAAUGCCGACUACUACGUGUUCACUGUAUUCAGGUUCAAAAUUUAGAGGUGAACAAAGAAGUGGGAGAAGUAGUUACGAUGUUGCUGUUCAUAUUCAGAUUAUACAACUAGCUAAUAUUUCUUUGGUCUCUCAGCACGUUGAUCUUUCAGAGUCAUUUUUGUGUGGCUACCUCCAUAUUAAAGGCCUUACGGAAGACUAUCCUGAAUUGACCACUUUCUUUGAGGCAGAAAUUAUUGGACGCAAAUAUUCUUUUCUCACGAAGAAAUGGGAUGCUGAUGACAAAGUCGACGUGCAACAUUGGAUUCGUUUCCCUGCAUUCCGUCCUCUUCAAAAGCAUAUGAAAAAGGAUGGAUUUGUUUACGAUUUCCACAAUAAGGAUUAUAUCUUUAUGAGAUGGAAGGAGCAUUUUCUUGUUCCUGAUCACCGAGUUAAGACCAUUAAUGGUGCUAGUUUCGCUGGAUUCUAUUACAUUUGCUAUCAAUUGAGCACAGGCAUUAUUACUGGCUUUUAUUUCCACAAGACCUCGGAAAGACAACAACGCGUCCUAUCUUUAUACGCUACACUUUACAUCGUUAAUUUCCCUUUCCCUUCAACAAAACACAUCAUAAAUAAACAACUUUCCACAUUCACAAUUGCUCAAGAUUAA